AUGUCGGUCGCCAUCCUGCCGAUGUCCGACCAGUUCUCGUGGGACGACUCGGUCAAGGGCUCCGUCUCCUCCGCUUUCUUCGCGGGAUACAUGGUGACCAACCUGUGCGGCGGCUUCCUGGCCACCCGCUACUCCGCCAAAGGCGUGCUGGCCAUCGGCGUCGUGCUCUGGUCCCUCUUCACCAUCGCCACGCCCUCGGCCGCCGCGGGCAACCUGGGCGAGCUCAUGCUGGCAAGGGCGGUGAUGGGGGUGGGCGAGGGCGUGACCUACCCCUCUAUUCAGAACCUGGCCCGCAAGUGGGUGCCCGAGCAGAAGCGCUCCCGCGCCCUGGCCUUCAUCUACUCUGGCCACCAGCUGGGCACGAUUGGCUCCUACAUGCUCUGCCCGCUGCUCAUCGCCCACUACGGCUGGGAGAGCGUGUUCUGGAUCUUUGGAUCCCUGGGCUUUGUCUGGCUGCUGGGCUGGCUGCCGCUGGUCAGCGACGGCGCGCCGCCCAGCCUGGAGGCCGGUGCGGCCGGCCGCGGCACCGCCGCCGCGGCGCCGGCGCCUCCCGCGGCGCCCGCCGUCCCGGCCAAGGAGCUGCAGCUGCAGGACGUGCCGUGGGCCGCCUUUGCCGCCAACCCCGCCUUUUGGGCCAUCGUGGCCGCGCAGUGCACGGUGUCGGUGGGCAACGUGCUGGCCUUCAGCUGGCUGCCCACCUUUUACAACCAAGUGUACGGCGUGGAUGUGGCCGCCUCCGCCGCCUACUCCGUGCUGCCGUUUGUGGUCACCGUGGUGGCCACCAACGCGGGCGGCUGGAUCGCGGACGGCCUGGUGAACAAUGGGGUGCUGGACAAGACGACGACGCGCAAGCUGAUGCAGGGCAUCGCCUCGCUGGGCCCCGCCGUGUGCCUGGUGAAGCUGGCGGCGGACCAAGGCGCAGGUGAGGGCGCCUCCUCGGUCACCAACGCCGUGGCGCUCGUCACCGCCUGGUGCUCCCUGUGCGGCUUCUCCGCCGCGGGGUACGGCUCCAACCACCAGGACAUCUCAAGGGAGUACAGCGGCAUCCUGUACGGUCUGUCCAACGGCCUCGCCAGCGUGGCGGCCUCGGUCUCCAUCUACGCCACCGGCCAGGUGCUGCACUACACCCACGACUGGUCGCUGGUGUUUGAGGUGGCGGCGGGGCUGUACGCGGUGGGCGCGGCGGCAUACCUCAAGUGGGCCUCCUGCGAGGAGCAGUUUGCGCACGCGGACGGCGGCGCCGCACGCCAGCUGGCCAAGGCCAAGGUGCAGUGA